AGCAAAACUCAACCAACAAGCAAGAUGACUAGUCUCACCGCUAAGGACAAGGAAACUGUCAAGGCCUUCUGGUCUAAAAUUUCUGGCAAGGCUGACGAAAUUGGCGCAAAUGCCCUGGGCAGGAUGUUGGUCGUCUACCCCCAGACCAAGACUUACUUCUCCCACUGGAAGGACUUGAGCCCCACCUCUGCCCCGGUGAAGAAGCACGGAAAGACCGUGAUGGGUGGAGUUGGUGAUGCUGUGUCCAAGAUCGAUGACCUGAAAGCAGGUCUUCUCACCCUCAGUGAGCUGCAUGCCUUCACCCUGAGAGUGGACCCUGCCAACUUCAAGAUUAUCUCCCACUGCAUCCUUGUGGUCGUGGCCACCAUGUUCCCCAAUGAGUUCACCCCUGAGGUCCAUGUGUCUCUGGACAAGUUCCUGGCUGCCUUGGCUCUGGCUCUGGCUGAGAAAUACAGAUAAACAGCCGGAGAAGAAGAUGGAGACUGCAGCAUGAGUUUACUCUGCAUAUACUAAAUAAAUGCAUGAACA